AUGGCACUUAGCACAGUCUUUUCGGACGCUCUACCCACGAAAGUCUACCGCAAGAUCGUGGUCAUGUUCUGCGUGCUGCUGAUGUCCCUGUACUUCUUGUAUUAUCUGUCGGAUGUGUGCCACACCAUGCCCAGACCGGUCCGUGGCUCGGAAGGCUACCUGGCCGCGGACUUUGACGAGUGGCAGUCCCUCCACCGGAAGACGCUGCUGCAUAAGCUUCAGGUGCGGGGCUACUGGAAAGGCGACCUGCCCGAGAAAUAUUUCCGAGACCUGAGGCUGCAGUUCCAGUCCUUCAACCUCAACCGGCAGACCGGGGACGGCGGCUCGGUGGUGGGGAACCCGCUGCCCAGCACUCUGAGCUUCAGCGGCGACGGCGUGAGGAAGCUGCCGCAGGCGAUCAUCAUCGGCGUGAAGAAGGGAGGCACCCGGGCGCUACUGGAAUUCGUCCGGGUCCAUCCCGACGUCCGGGCGGUGGGGGCAGAGCCGCACUUUUUCGACAGACACUACGAUGAGGGACUGCGCUGGUACAGGGGUCUGAUGCCCAAAACACUGGAUGGACAAAUCACCAUGGAGAAAACACCAAGUUACUUUGUUACUAAGGAGGCAGCUGCCCGAAUCUAUGCAAUGUCCAAGGAUGCCAAGCUAAUAGUGGUGGUUCGGGAUCCUGUCACAAGGGCGAUUUCUGACUAUACACAAACUCUCUCAAAGAAACCGGAUAUCCCCAGUUUUGAGAGUUUGGCCUUCAAAAACAGGACUACAGGCCUGAUCGACACUUCAUGGAGUGCUAUUCAGAUUGGCAUCUAUGCCAAGCACCUGGAGAAUUGGCUCCUUUAUUUCCCAAUGGGCCAGAUUCUGUUUGUGAGUGGUGAGAGGCUGAUCAGUGACCCAGCCGGAGAACUAGGCAAAGUACAAGACUUUCUGGGUCUGAAGAGAAUCAUCACCGACAAACAUUUCUAUUUCAACAAGACCAAGGGCUUCCCCUGCUUGAAGAAGCCAGAGGGCAGCAGCAAGCCCCACUGUCUGGGCAAAACUAAAGGCAGAACCCAUCCCAACAUUGACCCAGAGGUCGUUCAGAGACUGAGAGACUUUUACCGGCCUUUCAACAUGAAGUUUUACCAAAUGACAGGACAGAAUUUUGGUUGGGAUAACUGAAAUACUAAGCAUGUAAAAUAUUACCAAUAAGACUUUUUGAGUAAAGUAAUAAGAUAAAAAGAUAUACUGAGUAAAUUUGGACGUGAUGCUGUUGGAAGCAAGGCUAUUUUAUCCUGAUGUUCAAAUAUGCAUUUUUGCAUUAUUUAUUUAAACUAUUAGCUACAUAUUACAAAAGGUUAUAGAAUGAGCACUCUAGCACAUUUGCAUUAGAGUUCAGUUUAACUUGGAAUUAUUUAGAAGUUUUUGACACUUGUUAUCUCAAAAUUAUAAAUCUUUUCGCAGAAAUUGUUAUUUUUACAGAGUUGCUAAUUCUUUGUAUUAUCUUAAUAUUUUAUUCACAGAUUGCUUUAACUGAGGGUGCUAUUUUCUGUAUUGGGUAAUUUCUUUUACCUCAUUUAUGAGUUUUUGAAAGCACACAUUUAAUAAAGGUUACGGGUAUUUAUAACAGU